AGCGCUCCUGUCUGACACAAGGAAAACCUCCAUAAGAGACCAGCGCGGGCAGAAAUCUAGGUAUUUCAAGUACUUCAGCGAGUAACCAGAGGUAAAACAGAUACAAACCUUGUUUCAUGAACUCAGUAAAUACUUGCAGCUAGUUGUUACCACUAUAACAUAAACUUUGCGCGGGGAAAAAAAAAGUAAACAAAUAAACCAAACAAGAAAAAGUGACUAGAAAACGACCGUGCCACGAGUGUUCGAGCGCGUACCGCUAACAGUUCUACAUAAAAACCGUGCUAGAAGUCUUCAAGAAGACGCCUCAACAUCGAGUCCAUGGAAGAACCGGUGACGGCGCUUGUGCCGCUGCACAGCAACCAGGAUGCUGACGGCGCAGCGGAGGCCCGACGCGGGAAACGAAAGGGUGGUGAGACCUCAGCGGCGUCUUCGAUCAAGUGGUACAAGCAAAAGUUCCGCGAGUCGUGGCUGCUGGACGACCGCUUCAAAAACUGGCUAGUGAGCGUGCCGGACGACCCGUACCGCGCCAAGUGCAAGCUCUGUAAUGCGGACCUGAGAGCAGGCAAGAGUGAAUUGGAAAAGCAUGCCAAGACCAAGCACCACCGGGAUACCGUCAAGGCGGUGGAGGACGUCAAGGCGCUGCUGGGCUUCGCCAACCAGGCUGAGGCACAGGUGCUACCGGACAUGGUGGUGGAAUUGCCCUCUGCAGACCAGUCGGACAACUCCUUUCAGGUGCACGAGGACGAGCUGUCACGGCCACUCCCCUGCACCACGCUGCCCACCGUGCCUUCCCAGCGGCGGAGCCCUCCAGUGGCGGUGAUGCCGUCGCCCGUGCCUAGCCGCUCGCCCCAAGUGCAGAGCUAUGCGCCCGACUUCAGGGGCAUCGCUGUGGUCGACAACCAGAUCCGUGAAAUUCAACUCAGCGACUACCACGGGAAGUUCCUGCUGCUGUUCUUCUACCCACAAGACUUCACUCUUGCCUGCCCCAGCGAACUGGUGGAGUACAGCGAGAGGGCUGCGGACUUCCGCAGCAUAAACGCAGAAAUCGUUGCCGUAUCUACGGAUUCCUACAGUACCCAUUUGGCAUGGACGAACACUCCGAGGAAGCUUGGAGGCCUGGGAAAGGUGAAUGUCCCAUUGUUGUCCGACUUUACUAAGAAGAUAUCAAAAGACUACCAUGUGCUCCUGGAAGAGGGGGGCAUUGCAUUGAGGGCAUCAUUUCUCAUUGACCCCAGAGGCAUGAUUCGUCAAAGCACAAUCAACGAUGUCAACCUGUACAGAUCAGUCGACGAGACAUUGCGGUUAUUGAAAGCUCUACAGUAUAUCGAAAAGCAUGGAACAGAUGCUCUCGGUGUUGCAGCCAUCAGCUCUUCGUGGGAACCAGAGCCAAGCAGUGGGCGCACAAGCGAACGUCUUGCAAGCCGCACCAGGGUGGAAAAGUGAACUGACUUGUGCCGAGAAACUCUUGGACGUGCCCCGUGCAUUCAUGCAAUUUCAUUUCCUUUUUUAAUGUGUUUACAGUUUAAUUUUUUUUGUGUGUCACAUCUCAUCUUUAGUUAUGUCACUCGCGUUUUUUCCAUCCGUACAACUAUUCACAAGUUUGCUGUAAAUAUAGGAAUGCUUCAAAUUACUGUUGCACCUGAAGUUUUACUCUUUUAGUUUUUUAGCCCGGCCUUGUCUUUUGGGGUGGACAAGGAGAAGCGUUCAUAUUUUUCUGAGCUUCUAUGACGUUGCAGACUCCGGUUUUAAUCAAUCCUUCCUGCUAAGGUUUAGGGUAUGCACCAGUUCAUUGUUUAUAAGCGAGCAUGUUUGCCGGGAAAAUGUUCUUCAAAGAGCAAAGCGUCUGUGCACUCCCUGCUCUACGGCCAGUGCCACUGCCUUGGUGUGACGUUGGAAACAUGAGUUGGUAUAUAGUUAGGAUUGUAUAAAUUAUGAUUUCUGUGUUAAGGCUGUUGAUCAUGCAAGUGAAAGAUUCUUUACUUCCAGUGCUCUCCGAUUUAAAUAUGAUGCUGACAAGUGAACAUUCACAUCCAGCAGGUUGUCAUUUUACUGACUGAAUUAGGCUGACUGCAAUCAGUGCAUUAUAUUUUUAAUGAGGACAUGGUUAUUGCAAAACUUUAUGUUGUACAUUUAAAAAAAAAAAGUCUUUGCAACUUUCUUUUUUCUUUUUUUUUUUUUUUGCUGGUGGUUUGUACUUACUUAUUUUCAGUAUACAACUUCCGGGCUCAUAGAAAUUAAACAUGUCAAUUUGGAGGUAACCUAUUUAAGAGUACAAGUUUCAAAAGUUUUUGCCCCCACUAUUUAGUUGUGCCCUAAAAUAAAUACCGACUGAUUUUUGGAUCUCUAGUGAGGGCUGGUCUGGUUGUACAUGCUGUGUGUGGUGCAUGUUUUAUGUGGUAUUUGUACGCAACCUGCAGGAUGUAGUGCUUGCAUUCUUCCAGGGCCAAGACACGGGGCAUCUGUCAAGAUAACCCCCGCCUAGAUGGAGAUGAGCAACGUCUGCUGUCAAAAGAAAGCCCCAUUUUUUAACUUUAAAUUUCUGAAAAUCAGUGAAGUUUUAAUAACAUUAAUUUCUGAAGCUUUUGCAUUUUAUCUCCUCCGCUAAUGCUACGUUAAAGCAGGGCCUGACCAUUUGGCAAUAAAAUGAUUGAUCGAUAUUG